CUCCCCUGGCUGGAGAGAGAGAGGAGAACCAGCGAGCCAACGAACGUCAAAUACUGUUCUUAUAACUUUGUUUCUUCUCCCCGCCCACUUCACCUGCCUCGGCUGGCUUGAGAAGGGUGGGGAGAAGCUCCGGGCACCCCGAUCUUAGCCUCUCGCCUCCCGAUGGGAACUGCAUGGAUUUAGCCAAGAUGAUCUGAUUUGCACAGAAUUCUCGCGAUGACUUCCACAAACACAAGCAACAAAAACAGCUUGUACAAUGAAGAGAGAAAUUUGCUCCGCAUUCAAGCAAAAGAAAGGCGAAAUCAGGAAGCUCAUCAGGAGAGAGAAGCGUUCCCUGCAGAUAUUCCCCUUUUUGGAGCGCCCUACAAGAAUAACAAAGCCGAUGAAUUGUCUAGCCGAAUUCAGAAAAUGUUUGGCAAUUAUGAAGAGAUGAAAGAGCUCAUCGUCAACCAGUUCUAUCAGAAUUUCAUAGGGAUUCCUACAAGUGUCAUGCCUCUCUUCCCCCCGCCUAAAGCAGAUCGCCCGCUCUUUCCUGAAAAGACUGGUACCCCAUUCCAGAACCACGGCCACCAUCGCAAACACGGGGGACCUCUUAACUCGGAUGUUCCGUCUGGAGGCAGCUCCUACCCAAAAAUUCACUCGAGGGUGGAGCCAGCCUCACAAAGCGCUGGAUUGCCUAGCUAUCAGAAGCCAGGUCCUGCCAAAAGCUGCAAGACUGAAGGACUUCAAAGUGGUAGAUGUCUGCCGAAAAGUAAAAAGUCCACUGAAAAAGCUACUGCACCUGAGACGCGACCCUCACUUAUGGAACUUUCUCCCUUAUUGUCUACGUUGUCUUCCCCUAUACCACCUCUGUCCCCUCUACAUUCCGGCCAGUGUGUCAGUUCCAGAUCCCUCAGCAGUAAGACUGAAAAGCGUGGGCAAAGUAGCUCCCCAUCUCAGGAGGUCCUGACCAGCACACGUGAUAAUGAAAACGAGGAUACUUCAACCGCUACUGUAGCUGUCAAUGCUCAUCUUUCCAGCCAGACAUUUCCCUCAUCCUUAUCAAAAACCAGUGCAAUACAACAGAAACCCACUGCCUACGUUAGACCAAUGGAUGGCCAAGACCAGGCUCCAGACGAGUCACCCGAACUCAAGCCACUGCCAGAGGAAUACCAGGAACAGUCCUAUGGGAAAAUAACAAAUUUAAAAACCAACGUCAAGACCAACUUACCCAAAUUGAAAAUACCCGCGGAACCAAUUGAGCAGUCUUACUCCAAUGAAGCCCAUUGUGUUGAAGAAAUUUUGAAGGAAAUGACCCAUUCAUGGCCACCUCCUUUGACAGCCAUCCAUACUCCUAGCACAGCUGAACCUUCAAAGUUUCCAUUUCCCGUAAAGGAAACCCAGCAGUCUGGAUCAGUAAUUCAGAGUAAAAAACAGUGUGAUACGCCUUUGAAGACUUUGUCUGUCUCUCAGCAACGGACAUCAACACUGCAUAAAGAUUUAGAGAUCAGUGACAGUGAAGACUGCGACGAUGACCAAGUUUCUGAUAAACCGUCUUCCUCAUCAACACCUCCAAGUGCCCCACAAUCGCAGCCUGAGAGUGUGGCAUUGGCUCAUUCCAGCAGUGCAGAAUCCGAAAGCACAACUGACUCGGACAGUUCCUCCGAUUCUGAAUCUGAAAGCAGCUCUAGUGACAGCGAAGAAACUGAUCCGCCAACAAGAGUCUCGACACCUGAGCCUGAUCCACAAACAUCCAACAGAUGUUGGCAACUGAACAACUGGCUGAUCAAAGUAAAUCAGCCAGUAUCUCCCACCGAGAGUUUCCUGGAAGAUGACCAUAGUAGAAGCAGCGUUCAGGAGAGCAAAGGACAAGGAAAAACUGUCGGCUCUGGCAGUGGCAAUGGAGGCAAAAGGGAAUGUCAGAUGACAGAUGGUCACUCCAAAACCGGCAGCAGAGUGCCUCGGUCAAGUCAAGAUGUACAUCUGCCUACCAAACGCAGUUACCAAAAGUCUCCUGUGGUCUCAGAGGACGCUCUUCACCAGACGGUGGGCAGUAAGCAACCCAGGAAAUCCAGCAAAACAACCGUACAGGAGGAACCAAAGAGAGGCCUAACAGUUGAAAGUGAGCCACCUAGACUGUACGGGGCCAAAGACCAGUCUUCCAAAGACAAGCCUAAGGUGAAAACGAAAGGGAGGCCGAAAUCUGAUGAUAAAAAGGAAUUGAAAUCAACUGCUCCGGAAACCACUGAGAAGAAAAAACACAAAACCCUUAAAUUGUUAUUUGCUCACGAUGAUGCAAAAGUAGAGGUGGUGGGAAGCGCCCUGGAACAGUUGCCCCUCAGUCCUCUCAGUGAAAGCCCGAGGGUGGUUGCUACCAGUAGAACAAACGGCUCCAAGGUAUCUGUUACUGUCAAGGAGGAACUUCAAAGGGACAAAUAUAUUUUGCCUAUCAGGGAUAAGAAGUUGCUGUCGCCCUUGAGGGAUUGCCCCGUCCCGCCAGGACUUGUGGUUAAAAUUGAGCUUGCUCUCCUCUCGCGGAUCCCUCAGCCACCCGAGAAAGGGCUCUUCCCUAAAAAACACGAACUUAAAGAUAGCCAUGGUAUGAUAAAGCAGGGUAUCGACAAAAGAAGCACAGAUGCGCCAAGCAAAACUCUCAAAAGGAGAAAGCAGGACGAUGCACUGAGAAAUGAUCAGAAGAAGGUCAAGCUGGAGAGAGAAACCAAAUCUUCCUCAUGUUUAGGCCAUAAAGAUUCCAGUAAAACUAAGAUGUCAAAGCUCUCAGCAACAGAGCCGCAAAGAAGAGAGAUGCCACUGCCGAUGCCUCCACCACUGUCUCCCAUGCAGCCUGCUCAGAAGCCACCUAAGACAGCUCAAAAGAGGCCAAAGAGUGAAAAUGAUGCCUGCUAUCAAGCUCCCUGUCCCACUGUUGGCACUGCCAAGAGCAAAGAAAGCCACAAAGAACCUUUAUCCUCCAAGCACAGGAAACUGGAGGGGAAACCUUUGGAAAACUCCAAAAGUGACAAAGGCUCUGCAGAUGACGCCCCGAAUCCCUUCCCAGUGCCUUCUUUGCCAAACGGUACCUCCAAGCCAAUGAAGCCUCAAAGCAAGCCCCACCGACAACAUCCAGUAGAAUUUCACUUAAAGGAAGCCAAAAGAUUGAAGCACAAAGCUGAUGCAAUGACAGACAAAGUUGGAAAGGCCUUCAAAUACUUGGAUGCUGCCCUGUCCUUUAUUGAGUGUGGCAUUGCAAUGGAAUCAGACACCCUCUCACCAAAGCCAGCCUAUACCAUGUUUGCAGAAACCAUAGACCUCAUUAAAUUCAUAAUGACAUUAAAAUCCUUUGCGGACUCUUCAACAACCACACAAGAAAAAAUCUUCAUUGUGUUUUGCAUGCGCUGCCAAGCCAUUCUGUACAUGGCAAUGUUUCGCUACAAGAAGGACACAGCAAUAAAGUAUUCCCGGACUCUUAAUGAACAUUUUAAGAGUUCUUCUAGAAUUGCGCAAGCACCUUCUCCAUGCGUUGCAAGGAGCACUGGCACCCCUUCUCCGCUCUCCCCGAUGCCUUCUCCGGCUGGCUCAGUCAGCUCCCAGACGGGUUCCAGCGCCAGCAGCUGUGGAAGUAGCAGUCUCGGCUCCUCAGUCAGCGUCCCUCAUUAUAUCCCCACCAUCACCUCCUCCUUCGUUAACAUCACUUCUUAUAUUCUGUACGCCUAUGACUUCUGGGAACAAGCUGAUCUUUUGGCUAGGAAAAAUAAGAAAUUUUUUUCCAAGCUCAGCGCUGCCGCCUGCUUUCUCUCGCUGAGCAGCAGUAUGAUCGAACUCGUACACUACACCCGUCAUGGAUUGCAAUGGCUGAGACUGGAAUCAAACAUGCCUUAAUGGGUGACUCAAGGUGAAGAUUUUUGCCUUGGACUCUUUUGCACUUUGAAAGCCUCCGAAAUAAAGCCUUUAUGGGCUGACUGGUUGGAUUUGGAAAAAAGAAAAAAAAAAGCACCUGGAACAAGUUUGAAAUUAAGCAUGAUUGAAGGGAUCUGGCGCCACUGGAAAACUUUUAUUAGAGACUGCAUUUCUAUUAUGCCAAUGGGCCACUUAGAAGAUAAAAAGAGUGAAAAAGAGGCCUCAAAGUGGAAGAAGAUGCCUUUCGUUCAAAGGACAAAGUGCAAUUGUCUCCUUUCUCUACCCCUGCCCUCCCUCUCCGCCCUCCUCCCCCCUCCCCCCCGCAUUCCCGUCAUAGUUUCUUUGUGUCAGUGGUCUAUAAACAUUUCUCCUAAUGAAUAACCAGCAAGAUAAUCGAUCAGUCGGCACACAUGAAGAAGCACCGGUGAAAUCCAUUUCCCAAAGAAUUUUCUAGAACAUCUAAGGAUGCACCGAUAUCCAGGGGUCCAGUGCAUAAUUCUGAAUUUUAUUUUACAUAUAAAUCACCCAGCGCCGCUCGGUUCUGGCAGGUGGCAGGUGGCAGAACCCGGAUAGCUGGGUGGCGUUUCCUUCAGCCAUAAAUUGAAUUUUCUGUUUAAAACUAAAAAGCCGUCUUCCUGCUUGUCCCGCUUCUCCAUGUGCUACUAGUGGCCAAUUUGUUGCACUAUUUCUUCUGUACUCCUGAUCUAGCCCAUUUUUUUUUCCUAGUUUGCUUCCCCCCUCCCCCUUCUUUGUCUGUUCGUUUUGGCUAUUUGUAGCAGCAGUUGUAGCAGUUUUCAGCUGUCGUGGGUGGUAGUUUCCUGAUUCUGUAUUUGGCACAUUGACAAUCUCAUCAAAAGCGGCAGCUCACGAGGCGGCCUACAGUGUCAGAAUCCUAUUUUGAGCAGAAAACUCAGCAGAUGUGAUGUCAAUUCCCACACCUCUCUCUAAGUUAGGGGUAUGGUUCCAGUUCAUCCUUGGAGUAGCUGUGGAUAAAAUACACUACUAGGAGGAAUGGGUUGCCACCGCUGCUGUUAAAAAUGCUACUCCGUUCGUAGCUCCACAGAAGAGAGCACCGGGCCAAGAAGGCAGAGAAUCCCCUAGCGCCAAAUAAAAGGAGUAGCAUUUGAAGAGGCCUCUUCGACUUACAUAAAAUUUGUUGGGAGAUAUUUAAAGAUCUUCAGGAGGGAGGGACUUUGAAGUGUGCCAUUUCAGUUCACCUUCCCUAACUAAUAUGGCAGGUUCAGAUAGUGCCUUGGUUGGUGCACAAUUUUUCAUUCACACUGGCCAGGACCUUGCCUGGCUCAGUUUUUCAUAAUCCUUUUCAUUUGAGAGGAUUCUGUUUCCUCAGUUUGCUCUAUCUACUUGAAAAAUCCUAGAUUCUUCAAUGCAAAUAGGUAUAGUUCUCUCUGGUCCACAAACAUCUCUCUGCUGCUUUUAUUAAUUUAUAAAAAAUCCCCAUUAAUGAGUGUGCUUUUAAUUCUCCCACUUGCAUCUGUUAUCGCUUGACUUAAGCAGGCCUCUCGGGGAAUGAAUACCUUCCGGAUAAAUUAUUCUUAAGUGCGAUUAUAAAUUUUCCUUUGGGGCCGUUUCUCAGAGUCAAAAAGUUGCAAUCGAACAUGUCUGUAUGUUUGCUGUAAAGGCAGACCAUUAUUUUUGUGCAGUUGAUGUAGAGCAUUUCUUAUUUUUACCAUAGAUUUAUUUCCUUUACCAACACUAGUAAUAAACCUCUCCACCUCUUGAAGAGAGAGUCAUUGUAGAGAAUCUUACUGAUUCUUUUCAGGGCAGAUUUGAGUUGGGGAUAAUGCAGUCCCCACAGGGGAAAAACAAAACAAAACAAAAAAAUUAAGGGAGCAUAAGGAUUUCCAGAAAUAACCUACUUCUACUUAGAGAAACAUUUUUCCCUCCUUCAAAGUGUUUAAAUCCCAAGUUAUUUAAUUUUGAAGAUGAUGAGGUGGAGAUCUUGAAACCUUCCAAAUCGGUGCAACACCAUACACACAAGCACACACGCACUACAACAGACGUCAGAAUUGAUGUGUGAUAGAAAUCUUACAUUGCCUACAUUUCAAAUUUCAAUUGAAGAAACGAUGGGGAAGAGCAAAAUCCUAAUUUGCUGUUGGGCAGAGGGCAGAAGUUUGCAGACCCUGGCACUUUUCCAAUGCUUAGCUUCGUUCCUACACCGCAGGCAUCAGCAACCUCUUGGGGUAACCUAAUAGCCCUAUUCCUGAACUGCUGAGGCCUCCUUGUCAGUAAGAUGUUCCUUGAGGUUACUGAUAUCUUGGUUAAGAAUUUUGAAAUUGUGUCAGAUUCAGGGGAAUUUUGGGCCGCCUCCCAUUCAACGUUUUAGUCUGCGUGAGCACUACUACACUCUUACUCUACAGAGACAUACAAGUUCCCAAUCAGAAAUAUUUGAACUCGCAACAUCGCUGCAGUGAUAUCUCAGGAAUGGGGCAGUGCAUCAAAAGAUGUGUUUUUUAAAUGCGACUGGAUUGGUACCUGCUUUUCCCCAAGGAAGGAUUUGGCCAGAGUUAUGAGAAAGUUGGGCUGCUUGUACCCGCUGUCUUAUCACACUAAACGGAUAUAAAAACUCUUUUGAGCAUGGAUGAGAAACCGCGGAACACUACAUGCAUUUUGUUGCCCUAUUGCAGGGGUCUGCAAACUUUGCUCUUUUAAGAGUUUUUAAGAGUUUCCUCGGCCAGCAAAGAGCUUUGCUGGCUGAGGAACUCUGGGAGUUGAAGUCCACAAGUCUUAAAAGAGCAAAGUUUGCAGACCCCCCUAUUGCAAACCACAUACCUUCCCUUUCCCCAUCAGUCUGUGUAGACUAAGGAUCAAGAUUUCUCUUCUCUAGCUGCUCCUCUCUUUCUCCCUCUCUCGAAGAACUCCCGAACCACCUUAGAUCCUUUGCUGCUGCUUUUGCAUUGUGAACGUAUAUUCUGAUAGAAAGAAUCCUCAGCUGUUAAGGCUGCCCCCCCCACCCCCUUCAGUCCACUUUCUUGAGCACUUUAUCCAAAAGUACGUUCAAUCCCAGAAUCUCCCAGAGAUUUCGGUUGACUUAAUCUCUCUGUGAAAAAGGAUACACAAAGACUGCAGUGCAUUUGUGCAACUGGUUUUAUAUGACUGUUCAUAAAAUGGUAGUGGGAGGCGGGGUGGUGGUGGAAAAUAGAGGUUUCUUUUCAUAAAAAUAAUAAUAAAAGUUUGGUUUGGUUCAGGAAAGGCUGUAUAAAACCUCCUCCGGAACCAAAGCGGGGAAGGAACGCUUCUCAGUUUUCCAGAGAAGUAAACAUUCUCCAAUUUGAAAGGCUUUUGUGUUCUGUGAUUCUCUCCCCCAUCCCACCUGCCCAAAUUCUUGUUUGUUUUAAUUUUACAUGGAAUUGCAGAGAAACAGUCCAUUCGUGGGGAUCAGGUUUAAGACCCUCAUGGUUUUAAUUUUUUUCCCUCUCAAAAGACCAAUUUAAUUAAUGAGCAGGCUCCAUUUCAUCCCUAUUCUAAGUUCUGUUUCCCAGUUCUACGUGGAUGUUUCAUGAAUUUUAUCCAGAGUCAAACUUUCAGUUCUCCAAGGAGCAAGAAAUAAAAACGUUUUUUCCAUUUUUAAACCCAGGUCUGUGAAGCUGCGCGCUGAUAGCAGCUUUCUUCCCAGAUAUUUAUUUAGAAUUAUAAUUAAUGUAUUUAAAAUUGACAAUGUUCUUAUAUAUCUUAAGAUAACCAUAAUUUAAUAAUUUGCAAGUUCCAUUGACACUGGAGAUGUGGACUGAACAUUAUUAGGUUGAUGACAAUUUUAUUUUUAAAGGGCAAUUUCUCUUCUUAACUAUCCUUUUUUAAUAAAGAAACCAUGGGAACAGAGUGGAAAAAAAAUCUGUACAUUUAAAUUUAUUAUGGGAUGUUGUGUCUCCAUCUUGUAAAUAUUUUCUGCCCUGUAUAUUGGUGGUAUUUCCAGAUUGAUUUGUUUAAAUUCUGUGGGGUAAUAAAUAAAUAUUAAAUGAA